UCCGGUCAUCUCUUCUUCCUCCUCCGUCCCUCCUCUCAGUCAUCCCCGUGACUCUCGCCCCUCUCUGGCCGGCUGCCCAGGAGGAGGAGGAGUCUGCGCCCAUCUCACUUCAGUCGAGGCGUAGACACGAGCCACAGCCCGGGACAUCCACGAUCUGCUCUGGUCCUACAUGCGGCUUUGAGAAUGCGGACGGCCCCGGUUUCCGGCCUCCUGGCCCCCGUGGCCCUUCUGCUUCUCCUGUGGCCCUCACAGCGACUGGCUGACGCGUGCAGCUGCUCCCCCGUCCAUCCGCAGCAGGCCUUCUGUAACGCGGACAUAGUGAUCAGAGCGAAGGCCAUUGUGGGCAAAGAGGUUGACAGCGGGAAUGACGUCUAUGGAAAUCCCAUAAAAAGAAUCCAGUAUGAAAUCAAACAGAUUAAGAUGUUCAAGGGACCUACCGAGGAUAUCCAGUACAUCUUCACAGCCACUUCAUCCGCUGUGUGCGGCGUGACACUGGAUACUGGAGGCAAAAAAGAGUACUUGAUUGCAGGUAAAGCAGAGGGUAAUGGAAAAAUGCAUAUCACAUUGUGUGACUUCAUUGUGCCAUGGGAAUCUCUCACCCAAACCCAGAAGAAAAGUCUAAAUCAGAGAUAUGAGAUGGGCUGUGAGUGUAAGAUCUCACGCUGUCCUUCCAUUCCCUGUUAUGUCUCUUCCCAAGAUGAGUGUCUCUGGACAGACUGGAUGACCGAGAAGAGCAUCAACGGACGGCAGGCGAAACAUUACUCCUGCAUUAAGCGAAGUGAUGGAUCCUGCUCCUGGUACCGGGGAACCGCUCCUCCAAAACAGGAGUUCCUCGACAUAGAGGACCCCUAAAUCUCAUUUUGUGCAAGUCCCGCAAUUUUUUUUUUUUGUAAUUAUAAUUUUUUUUUGUCCAGGUAAAUGUCAGUUCUUGCAAGUCACAUGGCUGAACAGAAGAAGCUGGACUGCAAGCUGUCAUGGGAUGGGGAAUUAACCCCUUCAUUGCUCAACCCCACAGCACUGAAAGGAUUAAAUGGAUGGGGAUGGGAUGGACUCUGCUUCCACCCUAGCUCUUAGACUUCCACUCCCCCAUCAUACAGUUUGUUGGAGCGCACAAGGCCACAUAUAGAAUCCCUUUAUUCUGUGUAGCUGGUCUACAGUCUUUUCCUUGACUUUCCCCAAGUGCCCAAUUCCCUUUCUAAAAGAGGAUAAUCUGCAAAGCGAGGUCCAAGUUCUGUUUGCCCACCCUACCCUUCCCCCUCUAGUAUUCAGUGUAAUGUAAGCAGGGACUGGCUUUCUGUGUCAUUCUGAGAAUGCUUCCAUUAUAAAUCUCUUCCCGUGUUCAGUACCCACUGUUCCUAUUUUACCGACUGUCUGGGGGUGUUCUUAAAGGAACACUAAUGCUGUUAUACGAAUGGAGCUGUGAAACUGGAUGCGCCAUAAAUGUCCAGUAGGUGGGGUCCUAUCUGUGACCCGUUCCUGCCUCAAGAAUGGGGCCCCGACACCCCCUGCCAGGAAUAGAGAGGAGGCCACACAUGCAUUGAAAUAGCCAAAUAUGCGCGCUUUGCUAUUUUCGAAGGUCCCGUACACGUGAAUGGAGAGAGUCGUUCGUGCGUGGCACGUGACAGGGCUCCAUUCUUGAGAUAGGAGUGGGUCCAUAUCCGCCGGAUAUUUUAUGGCAUAGCCUGUGGAAAUUAAAUAAAUGUCUAGAUCAGUGAUGCCCAACCUGCGGCCAUCCAGCUCCCACCAUGCCCUGUUGUAGGCUGAUAGCUGAAGGCUGUCUGAGCAUGCUGGGAGUUGUAGUUUUGCAACAGCUGGAGGGCCGCAGGUUGGGCAUCCCUGGUCUAGAUAGAACAACCUCUUUUUAAAGGGGUUUUCCAGCAUCUGGCAAAAUUUUCCUAUGGGAUAAAAUAAUGAAAGGCUCACCUGGUAGAGCCCCUGUCAUUCCAGUGUACCACUAGGGCCAGUAGCACCGAAGCCGUGGCACUGGAACUACAGGGGGAUUCACCAUCCGAUGUAUUACAUCUUUUAUUAUUUUAUCCAAUGUCCUACCUUCCAGGCAAAUUUUGCCCGAUCCUGGAAAACCUGUUUAACAGUUCAAGUCAGGGUUUGUGUAGUUUUCCUGUACAUUUAAAAAGGAUCUGUCGCCUCUCCUGACACGUCUUUUUUUUUUUUUUAUGAAUACUUGUAUUUUCCACGAACAAACAAUACUGGAUUUUAAUUAGCGAUCUGGGUCCACUGUUACUCCUCCUGGAAACGGAUGACUUAAGCUACUUUUCACACUUGCGUUGUUUAUUUCGAUAUCGCUAUCCAGCAGGGGAUCUAAUUACCGGAAAUAAACAGAUCAGUUUUUUUCCUUGUAUAUCAGGAUGCAUCCGUUCCGUUAGGAUGCGGUUGUGUGUAGUCAAAACUGAUCCGUCACUAAAUACAUUAAAAGUGAAUGGGUGACGGAUCUGGUUUUUUAGGGUUCUAAAAAAAAAAAGGAUCCGUCACCAUUGACUUACAUUUCUCAGUGCGGGAUCCGUUUUUAUGACCAGACACAAAACCGCAGCUUGCAUCGAUUUUGUGUCCGGUCACAAAACGUAAUGCUGCCGGAACGGAAGACGUCCUGAUGCAUCCUGAACGGAUCUCUUUCCAUUCAGAAUGCAUGAGGGCUAAAAGGGAACGUUUUUUUCCCCCCCCAGUAUUUAGGUCCUCUGCCGGAUCUCAAUACCGGAAAACAACAACAACAAAAGUGUGAAAGUAGCCUAAAUCGACAACUGGGCAUUAUUAUUUACCUUGUCAAUAGGAUGUGUUUCUCACACUGUCUGAUAUGCUGUCAUCACGGAUUGGACGCUGUGUGCAGGGACACCCCCCCCCCCCCCCCCCAAUCUGGUAACACCCAAUCGUCACUUUAUUCCUACAUCAGCAGUUGGAAUACCAAGGGGACAGCACAAAUGCUGCAGGAGUUUUUUUCUCAAGGAAUGCAAUUACAUACUGAAAUAGACCUGUCAGGAGAGCAGGCGCAACCUCCGAUUUAGGUUUGGAGAGAACAAGGUUUCACACAAGCUUAUGUAUGUUUCGUUGAGAAUUUAUUAUAAUCUGCUUGCCAGAAGAACUGAACGUAAUCCUACAAUGAAAAGUGUAAAUUUUUUUGUUUUCUAGAAUCUGCCAUAAUACGCUCUACAUGGGUUGUAGAAAUGACUUUGUAACUAAUUGUCUGCCCUCCGUGGACACUGAAUCGAUUUUCUUUUUUUUUUUUCCUUUCUUAAAGGGGUUGUCUCAUUGUGGAGAUUACUGGCGCUGGGAUAGGCCACCAAUGUCGGAUCCAAGCCAGUGACAGAGUAAGCGUCGAUGAGAUUCACCUCUUGUCUGCUCCGCUUGGCUUUUUUUCAGGCGGUUGCAUGGACUGCCAUUGUUGUCAAGCAGUGCGGAGCUGGCUGGAGGUAAAGCGGUGCCGCGAUUUCCUUGCGCCGCUGAUACUUCAUUCCAGCUACUGGCAGUGGUCACAGCAGAUGGAUCGCACACUAGUGGGACGACCCCUUUUAAAAAUUGUUCUGUUUAAUGGUUUUCAUGGUGACCUACAGUAAAGACCUUCCUAUAUGUUCACACUUCCUUUUAUAACGGUGCAUGCUCCAGCAUGCUAUACGUAAGCAUUGGUAUUAAUGGUGUAAAUGUGUUGCAUUGUGAGAGCAGCAGCAAUCUAAGCCUCGUGCACUCUGCAUCAUAGUAUUCAUCGAUGUAAUAACCUAGGACAAAACUGUGCCGAAAACACACCGGAGCGGUAAGCUAGACCAACCUCCAUGAUAUCGUAGCCUCGGAGGACACAGGACACACAGUGCAGCCCACUCUCUAUCUACUGUACCCACAGCCAAUAGUUACCUUGGUCCCACGUGCACAGGAUACUCAUACCCCUCUUUACCCCCCCGCAGGGCACACCUUGCGUGUACACAGACCAUAGGAGAGAAUGUUAAAUGUGCCUGAUGUACUGUAUAGCUUUUGGGAAUAUUUAAUCCCUCAUUACUAGAAAACUUUUUAUCAUAUUUAUAUCAUACUAUUUGGUAUUUCCCUUUUUAUUCCCGACAUGGCUUUUAUGGUCCUUGUGUCAAGCCCAAUCCCCUUUGUACAAACAAGUAUACUGUAAAUCACAGGAAUGCUAUUUGUAGAGUUCUCGCUUGGUCAGUAUAAGACGGAAUGUGUAUUUUUUAUUUUUUCUGCUGCAAGUAUUAAUUUAAAGCUUUUGUUCUCUUUUUGUGUUUUUAUUAUUAUUUUUUGCUGAAAAUAAAGUCUGAGACUUGUGGAGAGAGAGAAGGGGGAAAGUUGCAUGUUCUGUGCUUUGCACUUAUUCCGAUGCUCGAUGACAAAUUCUGUAUGUGAAAGUUUCAUCGGUGCCAUUAAAAAGAGUAUUAUCUGCCACUGG